GUAGUUUAAGGAUCUGUAGAUCUCCCUAUAGAAGGAUCCCCGUGGAGGCCUACCCGUCCCUAUGAUCGAACUUACCCCUGAAGGGACUAAAAAGUUUCUCGGUCUUACCAAAUUAACUACUUUUGCACUUCCCGAGAUCGUUUACGGGCCGUCUUUAGUGAUCUGCCCGCACACGUUGCUUUUUGGUAUCCUAUUUCACGCGCGGGCGUUCCGGAAUCAGGGGCUGACUUCGAAGGCUUAG